AGCCAACUUCCUUGGUGAAAAGUCCAAUGAAAUAUUGCCAAGCCCGAUUUUAUGUAUUUGGAGUAGAUUCUAAGUCGUGAUUCGCAACAUUGGGCAUAUUUUGGUCUAUUCGCUCCCUUGGACCAUUGUAUAUCAAGCUCCUAAGAUACCGCUCACAAAAUGGUCACCAUCACGAGGUUUGAAACGAGAGAUGUCAGGUUUCCGACAUCUCUCGACAAGACCGGUUCCGAUGCCAUGAACACAGCUGGGGACUACAGUGCCGCAUACUGCCUACUAUACACUGACAGCGAACAUGUUGGCCACGGGAUGACAUUCACAAUUGGCAGAGGCAACGACAUCGUCGCGGCAUGCAUCCCAUAUAUCGCGAAACAUCUUGUCAGCAAGCCGCUUUCUUCCUUCACAUCCAACAUGGGCGCCACCUGGCGUACCCUCACCUCCGACUCGCAAAUCCGAUGGAUUGGGCCGGAGAAGGGUGUCUCCCACCUGGCACUUGGUGCCGUCGUGAAUGCGCUCUGGGAUCUCUGGGCUCGGGUCGAGGGCAAGCCGAUCUGGCAGCUCGUGGCGGACAUGGCGCCCGAGGAAGUGGUGCGAUGUAUCGACUUUCGGUACGUGGAAGAUGCGAUCACGCCGCAGGAGGCGGUGGAGUUUUUGAGGAAAGCGGAAGUUGGGAAGGCGGAGCGGCUGGAGAAGGUGAGGCAAAAUCGCGCCGUUCGGUGCUAUACGACAAGCGCGGGCUGGCUAGGCUAUAGUAAAGAGAAAAUGAGAGAGUUGCUCCUACAAUCGAAAAACGAAGGAUUCCAGCACUUUAAGUUGAAAGUUGGAGCGUCGGUCGAGGAGGACAUAGAGAGGUUAAAGAUUGCAAGGGAGAUCAUCGGGGAUGACGCGGUAUUGAUGGUGGACGCAAAUCAAAUCUGGUCUGUCCCGCAAGCAAUCGAGCAUAUGACCCAGCUUGUCCCUUUCAAGCCUUGGUUCAUCGAAGAACCGACCUCCCCAGACGACAUUCUCGGCCACGCCGCCGUCCUGCGGGCUUUGAGUGGUUAUGGGAUCGGAGUCGCUACCGGCGAAAUGGCGCAGAACCGCGUGAUCUUCAAACAGCUCCUACAAGCUCGAGCCAUCACGGUCGCACAACCAGACGCAUGCCGUCUAGGUGGCCUGAACGAGGUCCUUUGCGUCUUCCUCCUGGCGGCGAAGUUCGGCGUUCAAUGCGUGCCGCACAGUGGCGGUGUUGGGCUGCCCGAGUAUACGCAGCAUAUGAGCAUCAUUGAUUACGUGCUUUUCGGUGCGGUGGGUCAACAGACGCCGAAUGGAGAUGGGCCACGGGUGCCGGAGGAGAGGCUGUUGGAGUACGUCGAGCAUUUACAUGAACAUUACGAAGAGCCGGCGGAAGUGGAGGAUGGAUAUGUGGUUACACCAACGCGGCCGGGGUAUAGCGUGAACAUGAAGGAAGAAAGUGCGAAGAAGUAUGAAUUCCCAGGGAAGGAUGGUGUGAGCUGGUGGAGGUCAGAUGAGGCGAAACAGAUUCUUGACUCUGAAUGGGUUUGAAUGAUAAAAAGUCGAAGAGAGGCGGCGAGUAGAUUCUACUGCCCAAGGCCACAUCAUUGGGUCAUACAUAGAGAUGAUAAGGAACAUAUAAUGCAAAUCAUAAAGUGGUCGCC